CACAUUUAUACAGCUGCUGUAGUUCAUGUCUGAAGAAUGUACCGCUCUUUGCUCCAUGUGCUGGCCUUAAUAUGCCAAAUUUCUUUAUCUGAGCUUAAACCAGUCUUGACUGUGUCUCCAUCAUGGCUGAGUUCCAAAACUUCAGUAACUCUGAGGUGUAUUGUUGAGAAUCCGUCUGAAGGACUGAGGUUCUACUGGUAUAAGGCUGUUCCUGAUCUGUCACAAAAUCACUACAGAUAUGAGCUGAUGCCUGAAACAAUGAAUGGAAUUUUAAACAACAACUACUACAUCAUUCAUGGACAAACAGACACAGCAGGAUACGCUUGUGCAGCUGGAAGAGGAGGUCCAGAUAAACUUGAUCGCAGUGACCCAAAGUUUGUCUUGUCUAAAGUGUUUCAUCCAGAAGCAUCUCUCACAGUGAAUCCUGAGAAGGAGAAACAUUUUACCGAUCAUACUGUCUCACUUAACUGUGGAGGUAGCUCAACUGAGUGGAGAGUAAUGAAAUAUACAGUAAUAAACCGUCAGUCAUACUUAUCAGACUGCUCCACUUGGUGGGAAAUGACUGGAUCAUCAUGUACCAUCAACAGUCAGUGGUCCCAUCAAUCUGUGUACUGGUGUGAGACUGCAACAGGCAAGUUCAGCAAUGCAGUCAACAUCACUAUAUACAAGCCAAAACCUGUCCUGACUGUGUCUGCAUCAUGGCUGGGCCCUGAAGCAUCAGUUAAACUGAAGUGUCAGGUUGAAAAACUGUCUGCAGGCUGGAGGUUCUACUGGUAUAAAGCUGUUCCUGACUUAUCACUGGACACCUACAAGUAUCAACUGUUGUCUGAUAACAUCAAAGGGACUGUAGAGGACUCCUACAUCAUCCAUAGACAGACUCUCACAGCAGGAUAUGCAUGUAGAGCUGUAACAGGGAACCCAGGGUAUUUCACAGAUUACAGUGAACCAAACUUUGUCUGGUCUCCAGAUUCCCAUCCAGCAGAGUCUCUUAUAGUAACUCCUGACAGAGAGCAACACUUCACCUCCGAGUCUUUGACACUGAACUGUGGUGGAAACUCUACUCAGUGGAGAGUAAAGAGGUUUACAGAAACAGGAUAUCUCACAUAUAUCAAAAAUUGCUCAAACUGGAGAGAAAUGACUGGAUCCUCAUGUACCAUCGACAGUCGUCAGUCCUAUAAAGCAGUAUACUGGUGUGAGUCUGGAUCAGGAGAGUUCAGCAAUGCAGUCAACAUCACUGUACAGGAUGGAGAUGUUCUCCUGGUGAGCCCCGUCCAUCCUGUGACUGAGGGAGCUUCUGUUUCUCUGAGCUGCAGACUCAGAGGACAAAAUACACUUUCCAAUGUGUUUUUCUAUCACAAUGACACACUGGUCCAAAAUGACAGCAGAGGGGAGCUGAAGAUCUCUGCAGUGUCUCAGUCAGACGAAGGCUUCUACAAGUGUGAACAUUCAGGAAAAGCUUCACCACAGAGCUGGAUGGCAGUAAAAUAUGCUACCCACAUGCUUGAAAAUCCGUCACUGCCAAUACCACUGAUUGUUGGAGCACUCAGUGGAAAACUGCUUAUCAUCUUUCUGCUCCUGCUGGGCCACUUCAGAGACAGAAAAGCUUCGUGAGGAGAACUAUUAUACCAACGGAACAAGGAUGUCUUAAAUAGAACAAUGAAAGCAAUGAAUCGAAAGUGGCCAGUACUAUGACCGACAUGUUUAGUUAAUUUUUAAUUGCCAUUUUAUUUUGUUGUUUUACCCAAAUUAGAUAUUAUUUCUCAUUUUAUCAAAGUUCUCCACUGUUGUCUUGGUGGAUCCACAGCUUAAUCGAUUAUUUUAUUUCUGUCCUUU